AUGUCCGGUGUUGAACCAGCUGAUAUUGAGCAAGUUGAUCUGGAACGAGCCGAUCUUGACCCCGCGAAGAUUGCCUUGCCACGUUCUCCGUCCUUCGAAUCCAGUUCUCAGCAUGCGGUGGACACUGCUCGAGGGUCAAUUGAUGCUCGAAGGACGCAACUGGCGUACAUAAAUGACAUCAAGGCGUUGUCGCAUCGAUCACCUCAUCAAAAGCGCACCACAGCACUCCUCGGUCCGACUACCUGUCGCUGGAUCUGCUGGACUUUUUCCAACAGUGGCCUGAGCCGUCCUUCUCACUUUCCUUGCACGGGCUGUCCCCCGUUCUUGCCCGGAGCAGCCGUCACGGAAUUGCUCCGUCAGUCUGCCACCCGCAUUCCCGAUGGCAUUGCGACCCGAUUGCUUAUGGUCGAGGAUUUGACGCUCGAGACCAUCGACCUUCUUGGCGGAGCCUUUGACUUGAGUCCAGAAUUCUUCGAAGCACAUCUGUGGGAUACCGCAUAUGGUCAGCACAACAGUGCAAAGGAAGCAGGCCCGCCGAUGUGGCCCACCGCGUCGAUGGAGAAGGAUUUCGUGUCAAUUAAGUGGUUUAGGCCUGUUGUGCGCUUUGAUGACAGUGCUAGCUCCUCCCUCUGGCAGAAGCGCUUGUUCAAAACGACGCCACAAAAAGAAGAGAGAGAGAGAGAAAGAAAGAAAGAAAAGAAAAAGAAAAAGAGAAAGAAAGAAAGAAGAAAACGGGUACACACAGUACCGCCCUGGAUUUCUUUUUUUCACAAAGAAGUCUACCCAAGAGGACCUGUCGACGAGAAAAACUGGAAUACCAAGAUCAGAAAGGUGUAUGAGCAGCUUGGCAAAGGACGUUCUACGGCUGAUGUCUUACGCGAAUGGUGUUCUCACAGCUGGAAUCCACAGUCCUCAAAUUAUCUCAGUGGCAAUCCUCUACACGUGUUGCAUUAUAUUAUUCACUGUGAUCACUUGGAUUUGUUAAGAGUCAUCAAUGAGACGCUGAACGACAUCCAAGAUGGCCUUGUCGAGGACAACAAAGUCGAGACACAUGCGGACUAUUGGACCAGCUUGGUCAAAAGAUGCGAAAGGAAUCUGCCAGAGGUCCAGAAGUCGCUCACGACUUUAGAGACGGCCAUCCGGCCGGGGACAAAUGAACCAUAUCGCCGCACUGCGAGGCAACUUUCAGUGCGCGUCAACGAAGAGACCGCAAUCACCUUAAAACGCCUGAAAAUCAUUUCCAAGUCUCUCGCAACCGGCAUGGCCAUUCAGGAUAGCAGACGAGGGAUCUCAGAAGCCGAAAGCGUUACCAAGCUGACUGAAUUUGCGUUCUUCUUUCUCCCGCUCACUCUGCCAGCAAGCCUCUUGAGCAUGCAGGUGAAUGAACUACACCAAGGGGUCCCGAUCUCGGUCUUUUUUGUCCUCUCAGUCACUCUGAUCGUGGUGGCUUACAGUCUUCGUCUCGUGAUCCGCAGCAGAGCUGUAAAGGGUUUUCGACAUCGAUGCUGGAAGCAGAUCAGCGAAGAGACAGAGCAGGGAAAACAAGGCUUCCCGGUCAAAAGCAUGCCCACAGGGAUCGUCAUCCAAUGGCUCUGGAAGAAGUUCGGUAAAUUUAUAUUGCUCACUUCUGCCGUGACGGGGUCAUUGUUGGCCCCUCCAGCAGUUCUGUGGACACGCGACAUGGAUAAUGGACUACUGGCGGUCAUAACUUUCAUUCUCUUGUUUGUUGCUUUGAUAUUAAUCUUCUUCUUCGGUAUUUUUAAAGAGAUCCGCUCCAGAUUUCGAGGUAUUCGGGAGCUCUUCCGUGAGCCAGAAAGCGUCGACGCUUGGCGAUCCAUAUCAUGUCAGAUUCUCGGAAUUGAGGUGGUCAACCGCUUCGUCAGCAUCAGGACUGGCCGAUGGGCUACCCCAGACGACUUGAGGCUAGAACGACGAGCCCUUAACCUAAUCCCUAAGCCCUAG